AUGGACACAGACACAGGCAUGCACCAAAACCAACACAACAACCAACACAACAACCAACAGUUCAAAACACUGCACCACAACCAACAGUUCAAAAUCCAGCACCACAACCAACAGUUCAAAAUCCAGCACCACAACCAACAGUUCAAAACACUGCACCACAACCAACAGUUCAAAACACUGCACAGCAACAACCACAAACAGAGCAAGGACAUAAAAGAAGUAGAGAACAAGGAAACCAAGAAUUCUUAA